AUGGGUUUCCAGAAAUGGCUGGUUUUCGUAUGUUAUUUUUCUUGUAUCAUCCUGUUAGCAAUAGCACAGCCCGAGCUACUCUACUCCUUAUGCGGGGAAACCGGAAAUUACACACAAAAUAGCAUCUACCAGAGCAACCUUAACACUACGCUUCUUUCGUCCCUAUCGUCUAAACUCAACCAAUAUGGAUUCUCUAAUGCUUCCAUGGGCGAAACUCCCGACAGGGUGAGCGCCGUUGCGCUGUGCAGAGGUGACGUUGAGCCGGACAUAUGUCGUAGUUGCGUUGACAACGCAGGUCGGAAGAUGGUACAAUCGUGUCCCAAUCAGAAGGAGGGAUUCGGAGGGUACGACGAGUGCAUGAUCCAUUACAACAACGUUUCCACCCUGGGUUCCUGGUCAUCAACGUUUCCUGAGAAGUACUUGUGGAAUGUACAGAAUUCCUCGAGCCCAGAAGAGUUCAAUAAAGAUUUACAAAAAUUGCUGGAGAGUCUACGAGACCUUGCUGCAAAUGGUUUCCCAUUACGGAAGUUUGCGGCGGGGAAUACAUCUGGACCGGCCUUCCAGACCAUAUAUGCGGCUGUGCAGUGCUCCCCUGACUUGUCUGUUCAAGGUUGCUCUGAUUGCUUGGUUUCUGCUUUUGCUGAUUUAAAUGGAUGUGGCUCAUGCACUGUCAAGAAAGGGGGGAGAGUUAUAAGGCCUAGCUGCAAUUUUCGCUUUGAGACUGAACGUUUCUUCAAUUAUACUUUGAUUGGAUCUCCACCAUCCCCAGAAAUUUAUUUUACAGGAGAAAAGGACAAUACAGUUCGAACUGUAAUCAUUAUUGUAAUUCCGGUUGUAGCAAUUAUAAUUAUUCUUACUCUAUGCAUUUGGGUAAUUGUCUUGAAGAAAAGGCACAAAAGAAAGCCGGAGGACAUGGAGGUUGUGGAAGAAAUUAGCACCGUGGAUGACAUUAGUACUGUGGAGUCCCUACAAUACAACUUUGGUACUAUAAGAACUGCUACAAACAAUUUCUCCGAUUCUAACAAGCUUGGACAAGGUGGAUUUGGUCCUGUUUACAAAGGAGAACUCCCAAACGGACAAGAAAUAGCAGUAAAAAGACUUUCUGCUAAUUCAGGACAAGGUGAUCUAGAAUUUAAAAAUGAGGUCCUUUUGGUUGCCAAGCUUCAACAUAGAAAUUUGGUUAGGCUGCUUGGGUUUUGCUUGGAAGGGAGAGAAAGGCUUCUUGUAUAUGAAUUUGUUCCAAAUGCUAGCCUUGACCACUCUUUAUUUGACCCUGUUAAAAGAGAAAAUUUGGAUUGGAAGACACGGUAUAAAAUCAUAGGCGGCAUUUCCAAAGGUCUUCUUUAUCUCCAUGAAGACUCUCGCCUUCGUAUUAUUCAUCGUGAUCUCAAAGCAAGUAAUGUUCUACUAGACGCAGAGAUGAACCCAAAGAUCUCAGACUUUGGCAUGGCAAGGUUGUUUGAAUUAGAUGAGAGCGAAGGCAAUACAAGCAGAAUUGUGGGAACUUAUGGAUACAUGGCACCAGAAUAUGUAAUGCACGGUCAAUUUUCAAUUAAAUCAGAUGUUUUCAGUUUUGGGGUGUUAGUCCUGGAAAUUGUAAGUGGGCAAAAGAAUAACUGUUUCAAAAACGGAGAAUCUGUCCAAGACCUUCUGAGCUACGCUUGGACACAGUGGCGGGAAGGGACAACAUUGAAUCUGGUAGAUCCCUUUCUUCGAGGCAAUUCAGGAUCAGUGCGUGAAAUUCUGAGAUGCAUACACAUGGCAUUGCUUUGUGUUCAAGAAAAUGUUGGAGACAGGCCAACAAUGUCUACAAUUCUUCUCAUGCUUAGUGGUUCUUCUCUGAGUCUACCACUGCCAUCUGCCCCGCCAUUCUUCAUGCACAGUACUAUCAGUCCUGAGGCUCCGCUGCUGCUAAAUGAAACUGCUUAUUCAUCGCAGAAUGAUGCCUCCACUAUUGAGUUAUAUCCCAGAUGAAAUCAUCGAUCAUGUCGUCCAUUUUCUCAAGUCUUAUGUUAUGCAUUUUUUGGGUUAGAA